CCCACUCCCUCCUGAAAGGUGAGAUGACCUAAUUCGAAAGGCUUGCGACAGGUAGAUCAACACGAAAAUGGGGAAAGAGGCCAUUCUUGGCUUUAUUUUCGCCGCUGUUGCCGUCGGAUGCAUGGUUCUAGCCUUCGCCAGUCCAUACUGGGUGGAAUCAUUCGAUAAAUUCCAAGGAAGAUUCACAAAGAUCGGUUUGUGGGAAGUCUGUUUUAACGACUACACUUUCUACAAGGAUUACAAUGGCAAGCGUUACCUAGGUUGUUGGUACAUCUUCUCGCAACAGAUUCGACCGAUUUGGGAAUGGCUAUCACCACCAUGGUUCAUCUCGGUGCAGGUGAUGGUAAGCUUCACCCUGUUGGUCCAAGGCCUCAAUGUCAUCGCACUCGUCCUGUUCCUGUUCAAGCUCUUCCCUAAAGCCCUGGAGCAGCUGAUUCUGAUAACCACAGCUGGUGUCAAUCUGUUUGCCUUUGUCCUGAUUCUGAUUGCCCUCAUAGUGUUUGGGGUGAAGAAGGAAGACCGCUCGUGGGUGCCACGACCCGAUAUGAACUUCCUGUCCUGGUCUUACGGACUGUGCUGCAUUUCUGGGCUGGCAUCCGUGGUGUCGGCGUACCUGCUGCAUAAGGCGUCUAAGAAGACUAAGGACAAUGAGGGAUAUUAGUAAUAGGCCGUCUUUGUUAUUUCUGACGACUAUUUUUGUAUUAUUCUUGUACAGUACAAAGUUAAAUAGUUGUAUAAGCAGCCAUGAAACAUGAAAGUAAUUCGUUUUGAUUCAUAGAGCCAUGACUUUUGAAAUCAUGGGAUUAAAAGUCCAAUAUUAAAAGUCUGCAGAACAUAAAUACCAUUUAUUCAAUUUGAGUUUUUUAAUAUUUGUGCUAGUGACUGCAAAGAAAGAAUUUAAGUUUUUACUGUAAUGAAACAAUUGCUAUUAACAUUAUGUUUCAUAUCAUGAUCAGCCAAUGACUAUGCAAAAGAAAAAUGAACUCAAUCUAAAACAAAACACAAUUCCAUCCAGAAUUCCGUACUUGCCUUGAUGCAUUGGGAAAUCUCAGAGUGUGUUGCUCAUAUUUAUCAAUGUAAAUAGAAUGUUAAUUAACCAAUGCACUAUCAUAUAUCAUUGUAUAUAUUCAUUGAUUGGAUUGUUUAUAAUUCUUUACACUAUUUUUUUAAUCGAGAUAGAUCCAUUUUCAUGAUGGAACAGAUUUGUUAACAUUCCGUCUGUAUAUAAUGAUUUUAUACAUUCAUAUACCCAUGUUGAGCUCUUUCAGCAGGAUCAAUUGCAUGAUUACCCAAACUGUUUUAACUAAAAUAUUUUAAAGCUGAUUUUUGUUAAAGAGUGAAAUUUGCAGCUGAUGACAAUAAAUUGAAAUUCAGUUUGUUAAACAGAGCCUUUUAAUCUAUUAUUGUUCCAGUAUUCAUUGUAUGUGAUGAAACUUUGUGAAAAUUCCACCUGAAUGACGUCUAAACAAAGGUCAAUAUUAAUGUUCUUUAUUUUUUCUUAUAGUUUUAAAAAACGCUAUUACAGACACAUUGUAAUCUUAGACCAUUUCCCAUCAUUUGUAUACCCAUUCCAUUUUUAUAAUAAACUUAUCUGACCAAAAA